AUACAGUUCAAAUUUUCCGCCAUCGAGUCAUGUUAGAGGAAACGGAAAUAGCAGACAGCGCAGUCGUAUUUUAUCACGUCGCGAAUUUCAUCAUGGCACCUUCCCGAUAUUGUGAUACGAGUGCAAUGCGUUGAUUAUCUCCGGCAGUCGCACAGAAUCGCGAUUAAAUUCCUAAAUUAAAAAGUAAAUAAAACACAUCCAAUCGAUCGUCAAAUCCAUAAAGUAAUUGAGGAAAAGUGAAUUUGUCAAGUCUCCUUUUAUCAUUGCACAAUGCCUGUAGUACCAGGUGGAGCCUACCAGCAAGGACCUUCUUGCUUUGAUAGAAUGAAAAUAGGUUUUACAAUUGGAUUUUGUGUAGGAAUGGCUUCUGGUGCACUCUUUGGAGGAUUUUCUGCCCUUAGAUACGGAUUGAGAGGAAGAGAAUUGUUCAAUAAUGUUGGCAAAGUAAUGAUUCAAGGUGGUGGUACGUUUGGUACAUUUAUGGCUAUUGGAACAGGAAUUCGAUGCUAGUAUGUACAGAACUAUUUAUGAAAUUCUUUGAUCUUUCACUUGCAACUGUUCGUAAUGUAAAAACAAGUUACUGAUUUCGUAAUAAAAUUAGGUUUAAGAAA